CUUGCCAUGAACCAUUUGGUUGGACCGCCUGAGGGGGAGGUAAGUGAAGAACCAGCAAAUGGAGCAGUGAACGAGUCAGUGGAGGCUGACCUGGAGCACUCAGAGGUGGAAGAGGAACAGCGGUAUGCAACUCACUACCCAAGGCAUACAAACAGCAGCCAAGGGGGCCUGUCUGGGCAGGAGGAGGAAGGGAUGUUAGCUCGGUCAGCCAGCACUGAGAGUGGUUUCCACAAUCACACAGAUACUGCAGAAGGGGAUGUGAUAGCCACAGUGGAGGACAGUUACGACACAGAGAGAGUUCAGGAAAAUGAGGAUGAGAGCGCAUAUGCAGUGCAGUACAGGCCUGAGUCUGAGGAGUACACAGAGAAAGAGGCCAUUCAUAAUCGAACAUUGCCGAAUCAUUUACAUUUCCAUUCCAUCGAACACGAGGAAGCCAUGAAUGCAGCCUACUCGGGUUAUGUCUACACACAUCGCCUCUUCCACAGAGGAGAGGAUGAACAGUAUGCUGAGCCUUACGCCGACUACGGACUGCAGGAGCAUGUGUAUGAGGAGAUAGGAGAUACACCAGAUCUCGAUGUUAGGGAGGGGAUCCAACAGUAUGAGCGGGAAAGAGAGGAAGCCGACAAUUACCGCAAGGAAGCACUUGGUGCCCGACUUCACCAUUAUGAUGAACGGUCUGACGGAGAGUCUGACAGCCCUGAGAAGGAGGCAGAGUUUGCGCCCUACCCAAGAAUGGAUAGUUAUGAACAAGAGGAGGACAUUGAUCAGAUUGUAGCAGAGGUGAAGCAGAGCAUGAGCUCCCAGAGCUUAGACAAGGCAGCUGAAGACAUGCCAGAGGCGGAGCAGAGUCUGGAGCACGGUCAUGCUCUUGCCGGUGGUGGGCAUGAAAGUAAUGGCCAGCUCCCAGCUGGUUCUCGAGUGACAUCCAGCUCGGGAGAAUCUGUACAGAGGUACAGCAAGGAAAAGAGAGAUGCAAUUUCACUGGCCAUCAAGGAUAUUAAAGAGGCUAUUGAGGAAGUGAAGACAAGGACCAUCCGUUCUCCUUAUACCCCUGAUGAACCUAAGGAGCCUAUUUGGGUGAUGAGGCAGGACAUCAGUCCAACCAGGGACUGUGACGACCAGAGGCCACUAGAUGGAGAUUCUCCAUCUCCAGAUUCCUCUUCACCUCGGGGUGCUGAAUCGUCAAGUAGGCAACAUCACCAGGAUGUCUGCAGUACAGCAGAGGCCUCCACUAAUAAAGAGUCCAGAAAAAGCUUGGCUUCGUUUCCAACCUAUGUUGAAGUUCCUGGACCUUGUGAUCCUGAAGACUUAAUCGAUGGAAUCAUUUUUGCUGCCAAUUACCUUGGCUCGACUCAACUCCUUUCUGAUAAAACUCCCUCAAAGAAUGUGAGAAUGAUGCAAGCUCAGGAAGCUGUCAGCAGGAUCAAGAUGGCCCAGAAAUUAGCCAAAAGCAGGAAGAAGGCUCCAGAAGGUGAAUCUCAACCCAUGACUGAAGUGGACCUCUUCAUUUCUACACAGAGAAUAAAAGUACUGAAUGCAGACACACAGGAAACCAUGAUGGAUCAUCCCCUGCGGACCAUUUCUUACAUUGCAGAUAUAGGAAAUAUAGUUGUCUUGAUGGCUCGUAGGCGAAUGCCACGGUCUAACUCCCAGGAUAAUGUGGAAGCAUCUCACCCUUCUCAAGACGGAAAGAGGCAGUACAAAAUGAUUUGCCAUGUCUUUGAGUCUGAGGAU